AUGAGCGUAUCAAACAAUCAAGCAUGUUCUUUAUCUACUAGCACUGUACAAUGUCACACGUAUCCCAUAUAUGUCUUCUCCACACCGCACGCCAUCAAUCGUCAAUCAUCUAAAAAGCGGCGCAUUGGCCACGCCAUAUCCUGA